GCAAACGGAAGCGUGGACAUAGCAACAAACCACUAUAGUAAUUAUACCUUAUUGCCACGUCAUUGAUGAUUCGUAUUAGAAAAUUACAUUAAUUGUGUUCAUCGCAGGAAUCAAAAAUGAAAAGUUGUGUCAAUUCAAAAUGCCUCUACAAUCAAGACUUCGAAACUUUAGUAUAACCUCUAAAAGUUGGGAAAUACCGGAUAUAAAUCAAGUACUUGAGCGUGCAGACCGCACCGGACAUGAGGACCCCGUCACUCUGGAUAAGGAGUUUUCUUACGAGUUUAGAGGUCAAUCAAUCAAGUGGAAGGUCGAAUUGAAAAUUUCAAGUUCAAAGUUAUUUCCUGGCGGGCUGAGUUUAUCAUUCAUCCCUAUAAGCGGAAUUGAUGAUAACACCUGUAACUUUUACCUGGUUGAUAUCAACAAAAAUCAUCUUUACAUUGGACUGAGUGACCAAAGUACUUAUACUAAUCGUGAAGACCCAGAUUUCGUUCCUGACCGUUUCCAGAGAACAAAAGAAGAUCUGCUUCCAAACAAUACCAUGACACUGCUCAUAGAAAUUUUUUCUUACUGGCAUUUGGAUCGUUGUUCGUUGAUACCUCGUCCGAAAAUUUUACCAGCUCCAAUUGAUUACUUUGAGUUACACAGACAAGAAGAUCACGGUGAUGUUGUUGUCAUACAGGUGCAGGGUAAUAAUAAAUGUAAUACAUUUUCAGUGCAUAGAAAUCUUUUAAAAAAAAGUUGUCCUGUAUUGUACGAAGAUGUUGUUCGUCAUCAACAAACAUUCGGCAGCAAUAACAAUUCUGAAUUAACUCUUACGGAUAUCGAUCCAGAGAUAUUUAGAAAAGUUGUGGAAUAUAUCCAUACUGACAAGGUCUGUGACUUAGAUGAUCAUUCAGAGUAUUUGCUAGAAGCCGCUGAUAAAUAUAAAUUGAUAAGACUGAAAAAAAUGUGCGAAAAGUCGAUUGGCUUGAACUGUCUUUAUAACCUAAAUGCUCCAGAGAUUUAUGAUUUAGCUAUCCGUUGUCACGCUCCUCAAUUAAAAAAAGCUGCCCUGAUUGUUCGGCCGAAUAUUGAAAACCCCACUGCACCCACGCCCGGGACGAUUACCGGAAGAUCUACAAGCGAAUAUGAAUUUGAAAUAACGGUUAUACCCGAUAUGCAAGUUAGCUGCUGGUCGACAACCUACAGCCGCAAUCAAUCGCCAAAUUGGCCGCAAAAGUUGACAUUUCCAUAAGUUGACGACAACUUUCCGAGAAACUUCCCGGGAAAAAAUGAUCAGACCUGACCAUGCCUGUUCAUGUAUGAUCAGGCCUGAAAUUAGACCUGAUCAUGCCUGUUCAUGUAUGAUUAGGCCUGAAAUUAGACAUGAUCAGGCCUGAUCAUACCUGUCCAUGCCUGUUCAUGUCUGAAGCGUUAAAUACAGUCAGGUCUGAUCAUGCCUGUUCAUACCUGUCCAUGCCUGGUCAUGUCUGAAGCGUUAAAUACGCUCAUGUCUGAUCAUACCUGUCCAUGCCUGGUCAUGUCUGUUCAUGCCUGUUCAUGUCUGAAGCGUUAAAUACGCUCAGGCCUGAUCAUACCUGUCCAUGCCUGUUCAUGCCUGGUCAUAUAUGUUCAUGUCUGUUCAUGGCUGUUCAUGUCUGCUCAUAGAUCUAAAAUUUUGUUGACCAAGAAUCUAUCACGUAUAAGAUUUUUAUUACUUGAAGUUUAUACGAAACUUACUUCUCAACUAAAUCUCUUAGGUCAGUGGGUAGCGAGUUACACUUUCGAGCGCAAGGUCCACGGUUCAAAUCCUG